AUGGGGGUCACAGACAUGUCAUUCAGUGCAGGGUGGCUCACAUCUUGGAAGGCCACAUAUAACAUCUCAUCCAAAGUCAUCAGUGGGGAAGCAGCAGCAGUGGACCUGGGGGUGGUUGAUAAUUGGCAGACAACAACAUUGCCUGAAAUUUUGAAGCAGUAUCCCCCCUCCCACAUCUACAAUGGUGAUGAAAGUGCCUUGUUCUACAAGCUGCUGCCCAACAAGUCCUUGGUCAUGAAGGGGGACACCUGUCAUGGGGGUAAGAGACCCAAGGGUAGGCUCACAUUCAUGGCCUGCACCAAUAUGGAUGGUUCAGAUAAGGUGGAGCUCCUGGUGGUGGGUAGGGUGUGGAAACCCAGAUGCUUCAAAAAUGUGAAAAACAUCCCACUGGAUUACCAUGCCAACAACAAGGCCUGGAUGACCUCCAACCUCUUCACUCAGUGGUCCAAGAAAUUGGACAGGAGGUUCAAGAGGGAGGACAAGAAGACCAUUGUGAACUGCUUCAAAAAAGCAAAGUUUGUGCCCCAGGAUGACCCCCAGGAUGACCCCAAGGAUGACAUUCCCCUAUCUCAGCUGGUAGUGGAUGAGGAUGACAUUCCACUUGCCAGCUUAUUCCAGUAA